ACGUUGUUAGGUGCAAUACUUACGGUAACGUAUCCGCUACAAAAUAAAAGAGUGUGUGUGCGCUUUAUUUGUCCGUUUGGUUGGCGGUAGAAGCCCAAGAUCGGAUCAGUAAUGGCAUGCUGCUCUCUCAUUCGAGUGUUCUUGCUGCUUUUCACUCUUUCAGAUUCACUUGUUAAAAUCUGCAGCCUUGGAGUGGGAAUAAACUAUGGACAGAUUGCCGACAAUCUCCCUUCUCCCCCUCGUGUUGCCACCCUCCUUGGAUCUCUCAACAUCACUAGAGUGAAACUAUAUGACGCCGAUCCAAAUGUUCUGCUCGCCUUCUCCAACACAAAUGUUGAUUUCAUUGUCGGCCUAGGAAAUGAGAAUCUUCAAAACAUGGCCGACCCUGUUAAGGCUCAAAAUUGGAUUGAACAGAAGGUUGUACCCCACCUUCCUCGAAUCAACUCCAUCCUUGUGGGUAAUGAGGUAUUCAUUAGCAAUGAUACUCAGCUGAGGGCUAGUCUCCUGCCAGCAAUGCAAGCAGUAUAUCGUGCUCUUGCUGAUCUUGGACUGGAAAAACAAGUUACUGUCACAACUGCGCAUUCUCUUAACAUUUUAGCCCUCUCCUUUCCUCCAUCAGCUGGGGUUUUUAAGGAAGAUCUUGCUCAAUAUAUCCGACCCCUUAUAAAUUUUCAUGCCGAGAUCAAAUCGCCAUUCUUAAUAAACGCUUAUCCAUAUUUUGCAUACAAGGGUAAUCCAAUUGAGGUGCCGCUAGAGUAUGUGCUUUUUCAGCAAAACCAAGGGACAACUGACGCAAAUACGAAUUUGCACUAUGAUAACAUGUUGUAUGCUCAGAUUGAUGCUGUCUAUGCUGCAAUCAAAGCAAUGGGGCAUACCGAUAUCGAGGUUCGAGUUUCAGAGACGGGUUGGCCGUCAAAGGGGGAUGCUGAUGAGCUAGGAGCUACACCAGAGAAUGCAGGGAUAUAUAAUGGUAAUUUGUUGCAAAGAAUAGCAGAGAAGCAAGGAACUCCAGCAAAACCGUCAACUCCAAUUGACAUACAUGUGUUUGCACUUUUUAAUGAGAAUUUAAAGCCUGGUCCGGCAUCAGAGAGGAACUAUGGCCUGUACUAUCCUGAUGGUUCACCAGUUUACAACAUCGGAUUACAAGGUUCUCUCUCGGGGGGCCCGGGGGGUUCCCCAACUUCCCCAGCUUCAACACCCACCAAGAAUGUAAGUGUUGUUUCAGGAUCCAACAAGCAUGCUUUGUCUGUCUUCUGCUUUCUGGUAUGCUUUAUGGCAUGCUUAAUCUUUGGCUUAUGAAUUGAAUUAGUCAAAGGAUGGGGGAGGUCAAGGGAAGAAGAGGAAUUUCUAGAGUCCUUAAAAUGCAAGAGAAGUUACUCUAGGGGAACAGCAUCAAUGGAGCUUUUAUUUCUACAUUGAAGUUAUUACAGCAGCGAGAAAUGCAUUAGCAGAACACUAAUCAUGUAAACUAUUUACUAAUACAAUUAGUAAUUAAUAAGCCAUAUCCCGAAUUGGCAAUUCAUCUAGAAAAAUAACAAUAAACUAAUAGAAGUGCGACACAUCUCAAAUUUUCUUCUAAAAAGUUGGUUAUCAAAUGAUGUGUCACUAUCCCAUGAGUUGGUAACACACUUCUUAAAAUAAUAAAUCUCAUGAGAUGGUAACACAUCAUUUGAGAACUAAUUUUUUUGAGAAAAAUUUGGGAUAUAUAGUACUCCUUGUAAACUAAUUCUUUUGCAAAAGGAAAAAAAAAAUCUAAUAAUUAGUAAGGGAGAUUUUGGUGCAUAUUUUAUAGGGCAGCUUAUAGGAUUGUAUUAGUCACAGCUUUUUGUUGUAUAUGAAGGAUAGACUUUUAGCAGUAUUCUCUCUCUCUCUCUACAUGUAUUUUUAUACUACUUCAGAUUUGGAUUCAUUUUAAUGAAUCUUUUUAAUGCAACCUUAUUCUUGUA